GGGCUAUUGACUUUUUCGCAGAGCAAUCUGUAACUAUGCGGCCUAAUAUUGGCUUUAUAAUCAAGGCCACGUUUGGAAAUCAAGAAAGAAAGAAAGAUGACGAAUCGCCACUUCCUCUUUGCUAUUGUUUUCACUUUCUUUCUCUCAGCUGAUUCAUCUGAAGACUGUGUGUAUACUCUGUAUGUUCGAACCGGAUCAAUCAUAAAGGGUGGAACUGACUCCAAAAUCAGUGCUACACUUGGUGAUGGUACUGGAAAAUCAGUGUGGAUUCCAGAUUUAGAGAAGUGGGGUUUAAUGGGCCCAAAUUAUGAUUACUACGAAAGAGGUAAUGUUGACAUCUUCACUGGUAGAGGCCAAUGUCUUAGCCCACCAAUUUGCAGGUUUAACGUUACGUCCGAUGGGUCGGGUGAUCACCAUGGAUGGUUCUUGGAUUUCGUUGAGACAACAUUCACUGGACCACACAAGCAAUGUAGCCAGUCCAUAUUCUAUGUGGAACAAUGGUUGGCUUCUGAUGCACCUCCUUAUGAGUUAUCAGUUUCACUUGAUGGUUGUAAAAAGGAAACUAGGCUUGGUGAACAUGUUGGGCGUUUUGUUGUGGGUAAGCCCAUUAGGUCUGCUUCAGAAUAGUUUGAGUUGUUGGAGUUGAAGGCUAUGUUGCUCAGACUCUCCAAAAAUGAUGCUCCACCUGUAUCGGAUCCUUCAAAAAUGCACUACUUUUGGAGGAUCCGACACGCACCCGUGUCCAUUUUUGAAGAGUCCCAGUCAACUGAGAGCUCUUGUGUCUCUUGUUCGCUAGAUGUUUUUUAAUGUGUCCACGAGUUAUAAUACUGUGUUUUCGUUCCUCCUUGGUUGAAAUAAAUUUCUUGUUUGAUCC